GCGGUGCUGUCGCCGGCAGAGGUGUACCGCGCCACCCUGGAGGGCGCGGCGUACAAGGUGGCUGCGCCGCUACCCAAGCUUGUGCUCAUGGGCAUCGCCUCUGGCAUGUACAUCGGCCUGGGCUUCUCCACAUGCGCCCUUGUGGGAGGCAACCUGUCGCCAGAGUUCCGCAAGGCCCAGCCAGGCGCCUUUGCCGCGCUGUACUCCCUGAUCGGCUUCCCGCUGGGCCUGGUGCUCAUCGUGUUCUGCGGCGGGGACCUCUUCACUGGGGACUGCUUCAGCUCACUGGUGGCGGCGAUGGAGGGCAAGAUCAGCGUGCUUGCCGGCCUGCGCCUGCUGAUUGUCUCCUACUGGUCCAACCUGGUGGGCUGCCUGCUGAUGGUGGGGCUGUUUGAUGGCGGCGCCAUCUACCCAGGCCGCGACCACUACCUGAUCCACCUGGCAGAGGCCAAGUGCAGCCUGGGCUGGGGCGUGGUGGUGGUGCGUGGCAUCCUGGCCAACAUGCUGGUGUGCCUGGCGGUGUGGCUGGCCACGGCGGCUCGCGACGCCGGCGGCAAGAUCGUGGGCAUCUACCUGCCCAUCAUGAGCUUCACCUCCAUCGGCCUGGAGCACAGCAUCGCCAACAUGUUCAUUGUGCCCAUGGGCAUGGUGCAAGGGGCGGACGUCUCGGUGGGGCGCUGGAUUUAUGCCAACCAAAUCCCCGCCACCAUCGGCAACUGGAUUGGCGGCGCCAUUAUGGUGGGCCUGCUCAGCGCCGGCAUUUUCGGCUCCCCAGGCGCCAGGGCCUGGGCGGCGUGGGAGCGCGGCGUGGCGGGCACGCGGCAGCGCCUAAGGGAAUGCACAUCUGCCGACCGCCGCCGUAGCGUGGGCAACGUGCAGUAG